UUUUUAAACGCAUAACGUAGUUUGUGGUAUACUGUUUCAGAUGGUGUGAUUUGAUCGUGUUUGUUCGUGAUCUUGAUGGACCGGCAGUGUUGUUAUUUUUACUUAAGGAUGUUGAAAUAAUGUCAAAUAUGCAAGAAUCCACUGUAGUAUUGAAAGCUUCUCCUCAUAUCACAUCUUACAGACACUUCAUUUUGCCCAUAUGGGGAAAUGUUUUGCGACUUCAGAAGAGAGACUGGGUGGGCAGUCCAUCUUCAAGCAUGACAGAGGGUGAUGUGGAAUGUUUCUCUGAGUACAUGGAGCUUUGGAUCCAUAGAAUGAGAAUUGAGGGACUGAGGCUUUGGCUUUCUGGAAUAUUACGAAUUCAAGUGGGUUUGGUGUCCAUGGAGAAUCUGAACCAUCAGCUUUCUUCAUGUGGGUUUGCCCUGCACAGAGAUCUGGAAAAGAACUAUAUCUUUAGAGUCAUGUACAGUGGAUGUUUUGUCCAGUUAGAGAAUGGCAAUUAUGUGAUUGUGCUGAACCUGCUGAAGAGAGUAAGUCGUUUAGGAGGCAGGACUCAAAAGUUUCUGAUGAAGUGUCCAGCGGUGUUAGCGCCUCCUAACAGAGAGUACAUCCAGUGUGAUUCAGACUUCAUUCAGGUUACCAGAGAGAUCCCUGUGGAUAACUGGAAUAAAGAGCUGGACUGGUCUCUGGCCUUGAGUGGGAGUCUGGUGGUGGCUUUGGAGGAUUCCAGUCUUAUUCAAGUAAAUGUUGAAAUGCACAAACCAAACAUAACAGUUCAGGGGAGGAGAGACAUCAUCUUAAGUCCUGUGCAGGUGUUCAAAUCGGAAGGACAUUUCUUACCUCUCAAACUGGUCAGUGGCCAUUAUGCCUACAGCAUGGAGGCGACCUGCCCAAACGUGAACCAGUCAUCAUCUGAAGACACGGUGCUGCAUGUCUAUAAACGGCGUAUGGGUUUGACCAAAAGAGGUGGAUAUCAAAAUGAGACCCUGUCAGUCAGCAGUGUGAUUGUGGAACAGACUGACACAUUCACCUGGUCAGAGACAAGUGACUUUGUGCAGCUUAUCAUUCACACAUCCCACAUUCAACAGAAAAAGUCACCUUGUUCAGAGAUGUUAAAAUCACACCUCCAUUUAAUGCGUGAUGACCCACAAGAAGCUAAUGUGACUGCACAUUCACCCGAGGGGGUUACAGGCAAGCCAGAAGUUCCUGUUAGUUCAAACAAAGAGUUUACUCCUUCUGUGGCACCAGAGACCGUAUCUACAGCAUCACAGACAGCUGAUGAGGAAAUCAGCAUCACCUCGGUACAAUCCCAACAACUCCAAACAACUGAGGCUCUUAGUACGUCAUUGAGUGCUUCAACGCGAUGCAGAACGGAUGGAAAUGCAGGCGUCAACAGACAGCUAUGUAAGAGUCUAGUGUGAACAUGCAAGCUAACUGUUGGCAAGAAGAAGACAGUGACCCACAGGACUGAGACAAAACUGGAGGACUCAAUAUAUCUUGAAGUGCUCCUACAAGAACAUCAAACUGUACAUUCGCCAUGAACUCAUGCUUCUUCAAAAAACGGGAUUUCCUGCUGACAAGGCUCAUAAAAAAGGAUGAAAAAGAGAUUGGCAGAGGCCCUAGUCUUCCACUUUUCAUAUUUCCCUUUUAAAAAGUGGCGCACUGUUUCUGUGAGAGACAUCAAAGGGGCCGAAGGAGGGCCAGGGAGCCUCUAUUCACUUUUCCACCUCCAUAAAAGCUUCCCAUAUCUAACCCCUAGUGACUGGCUGGCCCUAUCAUUCAAAUGUCCCAGCGCUCUUUGUGGCUUCCCCAGGACCACAGUGAAAUGAUCUCUUUUGUUGCGCAUCAUUAGUUCCAUCUGUUGUGAGAGCCUGGCUGUCUGUUCCGAGGGCAGGCCGACGUGAUGGUGGCCGGGGGCGACGCGAAAGGGCCACGUCCCCACGACUCGUGUCCUGACCUCGUCCUCCUCCUCCUGGAACAUUGAUGCUCCAUUUCUUUCCCUCCCUCCCUCUCUCUCCUCACAGAUGACACUCUGUCUGUCACUGCUUUCUUAUUUAUGCAUCCGGAGGAAGGCAAAGCAUCUUGAGCGCGUUUUAUUAAAACUGGGCUUUUUUUCUGAAACAAAAAUGUAAGCGUAUUUUGAUUGAGAGAUGGAGACGGGCUUAUAUAUGAUGAUGUCAUGGGAACAAAAAAUCUGUUUAAUAAAACUAAUGCAAAAUAGAGUUUCAUAGCCAUUAAAGAAUAUUUAUAGCCACUGGCCAGUGAGUUUUCGCAUUAGACGAGAAUGGCCUACGGUGAUAAAAAAAAAAAAAAGAAAGAAAGAAAAAACUGUUAUUCCUCCGAAGCUUGUGGGCGGAUGCGAAGUGAAAAGAAAUACAAAUAUUGUCCGUGUUUUCACAACACUGUAUUAAAGUGGCUUUGGCUUGUGAAUAUUCAUGAGAAUAAUGAAGUAUCAACAUAAAGCUGGACAGCAAAAUUGUACUCCAAAGUCAAGAGGCAAACGUCUCAAUUAUUUGGUACAUAACUAAAGUCUUAUGCAAAUGUGCAGUAAAAACAAAAUUAAAACGGCUUUAUUCAUAUUAAUGAAUUCAACAUCUGUUUAAUCUAAUUUCAUGCUGUGUAGGAAAAAAAUAACCAUUUUAGUUCCAUAAACUUUGUCAGUUUUGUGUUCGUAUAGGUUGUCACCGGAGUCUUCCAGUUCGGAUUUUUCUUGCAUCAUGGUGUCUGUGAUGCACCAAACAGAUGUAACAUUUUCUCUUGGCAAGGAAAUAUUUUAUUCAUGAUUUACAUGAAUGAUAAAUCUUGUGAAAGUCUUAGUGCUGAUGGGCAUACGCAAUUUAACAUCUGUCCUCCUCAGAAUAAUUAAUAGAGCAGCAGA